ACAUUUCAAGACAUUUGGCAGCAUCUAAGCAGAUAAGAUGCUUCUGUACACUGUCUGCAAACCAAUAAAUACAGGCAAACCAGUUGCCCUGGCGACCACGCAAGCUCCCACCAUCAGGCUUUGUGGUCUCAGCCCACUGUAACACGGGGUGCACUGUUCAUCGGUCAUCUGCUCUCUUCAGAAUUUCAAGUGUUUUUCUUCCGUCUGUGUGGCCUUUGCCGGUCUGCACGUUCUGCCUGGUUGUGUUCCUCGUUGGUCAGCCAUGGCAUAUGCUCGAUGUGCUCUGCCUCGAGCAACUGCCUCGCCUCAGAUCGCGAACUCCUCUGAGCACGAUCCAGAGAAGCAGGAGCCAUUCCGAGUCCGAGCCAUUCUCGACACCAUCUGCCUUGAAGGGCCGGGAUGUGGCACAGCUGUGUGACGGUCCUGCCACUGAAGGGCCUCGCGCACGAACCGUACGCCUUUGGUCCAUUCAAAGUGACUACGCUGAAGGAAGAGAAACACUCCUCCCUCUCUGUCCCCUGCAUGGACAGUGUAUGGAUGAGCGUAUGGAUGUGUGAGUGGACGAGUGAAUGAGCUAAUGUGUAAUUCGAUGCAAUUCUGCUCUGCCAGUGUGUUUUCAUGGGUUCCCCCCGGCUAGCUCUCAUUACAUGUCAGCACUUCCGUGCAGCUGAGCUCACGUGGGGAUCAUGUGUCCUGCUGCACUCUAAACUGCUAAAAGACACUAAUUGUCCAUUAAGCCAAAUGUGUGUGUGACUUCACACUCACCCUUUUCUGUGUAGCUGACACUGCUGAGUUCGGGUCAGAGACGUCCUUGCUCUGAGCGUGAGCUGUCAGAAGCAGAUUUGUGACUGUGUUUACGCUUGCUGUCUGAAAUGGCCAUCGGUAGUGCUUUUAGUAGUGAUUGCUGGAACGUUGUUGAAUUUAAUUUUCUAACGCGUUAAUAUUACCCCUCCCCACGUGUGUGUGUGUGUGUGUGUGUGUGUGUGUGUGUGUGUGUGCUUUGAAGCAUUGGCUUGACUGACUGAAUCUUUUGAUGUCUUCGUUGCCUGGUUACAGUGAGAUACAUUGGUGAAAGGAGUAUCUCUGCUACACACACACACAGGGUGCUUGACCCUUGACCCCUGGCUAUUGUGAAACCCCACCCUUCCUCAAUAUCAUACACACACACACACAAACGCGCACACACACAGAGUCCGUGUUCAAGGCUAGAUAAAUAUUUGGCUGUUUACAUCUUGCAUCCUUGGUGAUCGGAUCACACGUGGAUUUCAUCAGACCACAUGAAACACCCCCAGGUUGCACUGUGAUCACAUAACAAUCAGACAACGAUCAGAUCACACUGGAUCUUGACCGCGUUCGACGGCGUCUACAGAGUGCUAACUGCCCUCUUGUGUCCUCUCGAGGGUAACGGCACCGACAUCGCCUCAGACAUCAGGACCUGCAAAACAAAAUGCCCUCUGCCGUCCGCGCAGAUGAUGGGCUGCCCGGCGAUCACGCGUCAAAGUUUAAACAGACCUGCCCGCCGAAGAGGAACUCCACCGAGGCACUGUUUUAACGCCGUGUCACGUUUCCUUUCUGUAUCCUGGACGCUGGUGGUGUUUUCGUGUCUCGGCCUCAGCUAGUUUUCUGAGCGUCUCCUGUGCUGUCACGGGCUGUGUUGGGAGCUGUUGGUGGAGUCCUGGGGAGUUGAGACCGAGAGGCUGAGCUGAACAUGGAGCACAACCCGUCGGACCACCCACGCGCCACCACCAUGUUCCUCAGCAAAUCCCAGACGGACGUUGUUCCCUCCAACAAGAAAGUUCGGGAAAAGAGGAAAAGUCUUUAUGUCAACCACUUGACACAUAUUUUGGAGUCCAAGCAACAUCCGUCUGGCCCAAUGAGGCGGAAGUACAGCUCGUGUUCGACGAUCUUCCUGGAUGACAGUACCGUCAGCCAGCCCAACCUCAAAUACACCAUCAAAUGUGUUUCCCUGGCGAUCUACUACCACAUAAAGAACAGAGAUGUGGAUGGACGAACACUUCUAGACAUCUUUGACGAAAAGCUUCAUCCUCUGUCAAAGCUGGAGGUGCCGUUGGACUAUGACAAACAUGAUCCCGAGCAGAAACAGAUCUACCGCUUCGUCCGCACGCUGUUCAGCGCUGCACAGCUGACCGCCGAGUGCGCCAUCGUUACGCUGGUGUAUCUGGAGAGGCUUCUGACCUAUGCCGAGAUCGACAUCUGUCCCGCAAACUGGAAGAGGAUCGUGCUGGGCGCCAUCCUUCUGGCCUCCAAAGUCUGGGAUGAUCAGGCUGUGUGGAACGUGGACUACUGCCAGAUCCUCAAAGACAUCACCGUAGAGGACAUGAACGAGUUGGAGAGGCAGUUCUUAGAGCUGCUCCAGUUCAACAUCAACGUGCCAUCAAGCGUGUAUGCGAAGUACUAUUUUGACUUGCGUUCACUCUCUGAGGCCAACAACCUCAGCUUCCCUCUGGAGCCCCUAAGCAGAGACAAGGCACAGAAACUUGAGGCUAUCUCCAGGCUCUGUGAUGACAAGUAUAAAGACAUGAGAAAAGCAGCCAAGAAGCGCUCAGUGAGUGCAGACAAUCUAGUGGUGGUGUGGUGGUCCCCAGCCAUCAUAUCCUAACAGCGCGGGAGCCCAGCACACGAGAGGGCGACAGAGAAAGACUGUCCGCAGAAGCUUGUUUUCCCAUCGUGCACCGCGGCGUCCGGCCAGUGCCUCCCUGGACCGCCACCCCCUCCCCCCGGCCUGGGGGGGGGGCGGCAUUCUCACCAUCGACGUGCGUGGAUGCUGUCAGUACGCAGCAGCAGCGAGACAGAACCGCUGGACAUG